AUGCAACGUAUGAAAUGUCCAAUCAGCCGUAAGGAAGAUUGUAGUGAAGAAUGUCAUGCAGGUAAUACAGAAGAAGAAAUUGAAGAACAUAAAGAAAUAACAAUAAGUGAACGUCGAAGUGUAUUAAAUAAAAAACCGAAACAAAAAUUUAACACAAAUAAUAAAAAACGAUUAAAUAAAAACAAACGUUCAUCAGAAAUCAAACAACCAUUGAAUAAUUCAACUAAUCAAUCAACGAUAAAAACUGAUUUAUAA